UUAACCACGGUGUUUGCUCUCAUCUUCCGCCAUAAACAUUUUGCAAAAGCUGAAAUAUUACCACUACACUGCAUAAAAAGCAACAAAAAAACCAGGCUGCGCGACACACAAGAACACUAAAAGACUGCCACCGUCAUUGCUAUUCCAGAAUCAAAACCCACCCCUUCUCCUCUUUUGUGGGGAAAAAAAUAAGAAUCUGUUCUGUUCAACAACACUCAUGAACACAACCCAUCGUGUUCAUCAGAUUCCUGUUCUUGGGUUCACAAUUUAACGAUUUUGGGUCAAAAUUCCAUCUGGGUUGAGACAUAAGAGUGGGGAAUCCAUGGAAACCCCCUCGGCUGUAGAUUCCAAGCGUUCGUAUUCUUGGUGGUGGGAUAGCCACAUUAGCCCAAAGACCUCUAAAUGGCUUCAAGACAGUCUUUCAGACAUGGAUGAAAACAUCAAGCAGAUGAUCAAGCUUAUUGAAGAAGAUGCAGAUUCCUUUGCAAAGAGGGCUGAGAUGUAUUAUAAAAAGCGUCCUGAGCUUAUGAAACUAGUCGAGGAGUUUUACCGAGCGUACCGAGCAUUGGCUGAACGAUACAAUCACGCAACCGUUGUGAUUCAUCAGGCUCAUCGAACCAUGGCUGAAGCUUUUCCUAAUCAUAUAUCCAUGGCUCACCCUGAUGACAGCACUGAUGCUGAUUAUUUUACACCUGAAAAAACUCAACCUUCCAGCAAAGGCUCUAAUUUGAUGACAAGGGAGACGUGGUUGAAGCAUCUUGAUGAGUUGUUUAACUCAGGAGUAGCCAAGAAUCUUUCGAAAUUCGACGAUGGGAAGGCGAGAAAACGUCUCAAUUUUCAUGAUCUUGAUCCUGAAGAAGAGAAUAUACAAAGUAAUGGGAAUCAUGAGCUUAAGAAUCGAGUAUAUGUCGAGUCCGAAAGGGUGGAUAGAGCUGAGUAUGAAAUUUUAUCCUUAAAGAACGCGCUUGCUAAACUAGAAGCUGAAAAGGAAGUCGGGUUACUUCAGCAUAACGACAGUCUACAGAGGUUGUCUACGUUAGAGUCCGAGGUAUCUCGAGCGCAAGAAGAUUCAAGGAGUUUAAACGAAAGAGCUGGUAAGGCCGAGAUGGAGGUUUCAAUUUUGAAAGAGUCCCUUGCCAAACUAGAGACUGAAAGAGAAGCCAGUCUUUUAAGCUACCAGCAAUGUUUAGAUAAGUUAUCUACUCUACAAGACAGCAUCUUGUGUGUUCAAAAGAAUGUCGAAAACACUACGAGAGCUAGCAAAGCCGAAACCGAAGUAGAACGACUUAAACGGGAAGUUUCAAGAGUCGAGUCUCAAAGAGAAGCUGUCGUUUUAAGCUUAGAGGAAAGAGUAGUGCUUGCAGAAGAGGAUGCCAGGAGGUAUAAGGUGCAAGCUGAUGAAGCUCAAAGUGAAGUCUUGACGAUUAGGGAAGCGCUCACACGAUUAGUUGAAGAAACGAAAGCUGCAGGUCUCAGGCAUCGUCUAUGUCGAGAGAAGAUUACGAGCCUGGAACAUGAAAUCUCUAAUGCUCGAGAGGAGCUAGAAAGGGUAGAGGAUGAGAAGGCUAAUGGGGUUGCAAUGUUGAAGGGUGCUGAAGAAAGAUGCCUUCAUUUACAGAGGUCGAAUCAAAUUCUUCAAUCUGAGAUGGACUCUAUGGUGCAGAAGAUAGGCUCGCAAAGUGUCGAACUAAUUGAGAAGCAGAAGGAGUUGGGAAGGCUUUCGGCGUCGAUACAGGAAGAACGUUCGAGAUAUGUAGAGAAUGAAACUGCUUUCACCACAUUGCAAGAACUGCAUUCAAAAUCUCAGGAGAUGGAAACACGGAAUCGAGUUCUAGAGGAUGAAGUCCAGAAGAUUAACUUAUCUUCAGAAAUGUCGAUAAAUUGUUUGCGGGACGAGAUGUCAAACAUGACUACGAAUUUGGAGAAACUCGAAGCAAGUCUUGAGUUUCAACUUAACCAAAAGAAUGAUCUCUUGGAGAAGUUGAAGAACAUCGAAGAUCACUGUGAGAAGAAUUUGAUUGAAUUAGAAAGCCAACAGAUGAAGGUAAAGGUAUUGGAAGAAUGCUGUCAACUUCUCUCAGGAGAGAAAUCCACCCUGUCGUCUCAGCUGCAAAUGGCAACCGAAAACUUAGAACGACAGUCGGAGAAAAACACCCUUCUCGAGAGUUCACUUUCCGAUGCAAACUUCGAUCGAAAACGACUUGCUGAAGAAGUGGAAAAGCUUCACUGUUUGAACAAUGAUCUUGAAGAGAAAGUACGAUUAUUAGAGAGGUCAGAGCAUGAGCUUUUGGAAGCAGAACAGCUUAUGAUCAUGAUACAGAAUGAGAACUCAGAGUUGCAUAAGAGGGUGAAGGAACUCACCACGAUGUGUGAAGAGGCUAGAGCCAUAGUAGACGAGAAAGAGGACGUCGUUGUCGAACUAUCCGGUGAAAGCAAAUGUCGAGCCAGAGAGAUAGCAUCGUUGCGGGAACUAAACUUUACUUUGGAAGAAGAUGUUAAGAGGCAUAAACAUAGGGAGAAGAGUUUGAGGUGCGAGCUAGUGAAGAAGAGAAUGGAGGUUGAAAUAUGUGAGACUCGGGCUGCUGAACUGUUCGGUGAGCUUCAAAGCUCUGCUGUUCGAGAAAUAGUGUUCAAGGGAAAGCUUCUUGAGCUCGAUGAAGCAUACGCGAACCUCGAAAGUCGAAGUAAUUACAACAUAACUGAUGUAAGUGGAGAACUAGGAGUUCAUUUGGCCAAAUAUACAUCAGCAGUCACAUCUUUGAAUGAUUCUGUAACCUAUCUGGAGAAUCAUUCUCUUCUGUGCAGAAAAACUUACAGCUAUGAGAAACAAGAAGUAAAGAAUACUGACUCAGCAAAUCAUGAGCAUUCUGAAGGCUUCCAGCAAAUAUAUCACGAUCUGAUAGCAAGACUGCACAAUGGAUCUUUUGAAUUGAAGGAUUUGCAUAGAAGGAUUCAGGUUGUGGAAAUGGCUGUAAUCGAAAAGGUAAAACUCGAGACUCUAGAAAACAUGAACUCUACUAGCAAACAAGAGAUGGUAACGAGGAGAAUCGAGGAAGCGGGUUGUGGAAAUUACCAGACAAGGCCUACUACUCCAAGAAGAGAGAUUGAACUCGGAAACGAUUUACAGAGAUCGAAGACGAAAGUCGUUGAAGUUAGUGGUGAAAUAUUGACCAAGGACAUCAUUCUUGAUCAAAUGGCCAAAUGUUCUAAUGGAGUUGACAACCAGAUGCUAGAAUUAUGGGAGGCAACUGAUGAGGAUGGUAGCAUUGAUCUUAUGGUACGCAAAUCUCAGAGCAUGGCGACGUCCUCAACUAACUAUAACAGAUUUGAAGUAGUCAAGGAACAAAAUAAGCAUCCCUCGACCGAUUCGUUGGUCGAGAAAGAGGUGGGAGUGGACAUAUCAGAGACCUCAAGUAGAUUAUCCGUCCCUCUCCACAAACGAAAAGAGAGGAAGAUUCUUGAACGACUCGAUUCCGAUAUGCAGAAAUUGACAAACCUUCAAAUAACCAUUCAAGAUUUAAAGCGAAUCGUGCUUACAAAGCAGAAAAGGAGUAACGCAGCGGAGUACGAGACCAUGAAAGAACAACUCGAAGAAGUCGAGGCGUCUGUUAUGAAGCAGUUUAACGCCAAUUGCAAAUUGACGAAGAACGUACAAGAUGGGACAUUGUCUACUGAUGGAGCGACCACCAUUGGAUCUGCUGAUGAAAGUGGAAAUGUCCGCAAAAGAAUCAUUUCAGCUCAAGCAAGAAGAGGGUCCAAGAAAAUUGGGCAGCUGCAGCUUGAGGUGCAGAGGUUACAACUUCUACUACUGAAACAAGACGACGAAAAGGAAACAAAGUCUAGGACGAGGGUCGUCGAACGACCCAAAAUUCGACUGCAGGACUAUCUUUAUAGUAGCAUUAGAAGCAAGAACAAGAACAAGAAGGGGUUAUUCUGUGGAUGCAUGCACCCCACCAUGUCUCCUAGUCCAACAAUUGGUGAAAGGAUUUUUUCGACUUCAAUGGUAGGAAAUCAGCAUAGACUACAUAACUUCAAUGGUUAGUCGUUCGACAUUCCUUUGAACCGAGUUGAAACUCGUGUAUUUACUUAUCUUUUCAUACAGUAGGUGACUUACUUUUUUGUAGCUUUCAGAAUAUAUGUCUAUCUUAGAAGUUGUAUAUAUUCAAGUUAAUGCUGAUUCUAUUAAGAC